AUGUGCCACAAUCUGUAUCUGUCCAGAGAUGAUUGAGGAUGAUGCAAUUCUUCCAACUUACAAUGGCAUCUUGACCAUUUCUAAUCUUUAAAUCUCCCAUGCAUUCUUUACCAUCCUUUUGAAAGCAAGACCAAUUCAAUUGAAAUCACCAAAAACUGAAAACUUAAGCUGCCAGCAUCAAAAUCUUGCCAAAAAAUGGAAGAAAGAUCAAUAUUCAUCAUCGUCAUUCUCUUCUUCAUCAUCUUAAUUCAUUCUUCCGCAGUGCACUCACGCGCUUUAGCUCCCUCACCAUCACCUGCACCAGUGGGUGGUGAGCCAAUGGCCAGAGACCUGAACCUAUCUAUGGGAAGAGGUGGCCCUGGAAAGGCAAUGAAAGGUUCAUUUCCUGCUAAAUGCCAUUCAAAGUGCAACCAAUGCAAGCCCUGCAAACCUGUUCAAGUAUCUGUCCAUGCAAUGGAGUUGAAAGAGAAUGAGUACUAUCCUCAAGUCUGGAAAUGUAUCUGUGGGGAAGAUAUUUUCUCUCCUUAAUGCUUCCACAACUGCAAUUCCCUCAUAUUGUCACUAAUUAUACUUGUAUCUUGCUAUUGCCCUGCCUGGAAUCAAUUUCUUCAAGCCAUUUCCUGACAUCUGAUCUACUUUACUUGGGGACAGAGCAUCGAAUCAGCUAUUAUUCCUUAAGAUAAUAGAUAUAAGUACUGAAAUAUAUCUGUUUGUUCAAUUCUUAAUCCUUGCUGUGUUUUUUCCCCUCACUGUAGUUCUCAUGAAAAAUAAGAUUUGAGAUAAUUGCUCCA